GCCAGGAGAUGACCAUGGCGGCGAGAUUGGGGACCUCAGGCCCUCGGGCGCUGUGCUGGGCCCUGGGCGUGGCGAUGCUCAUGUGGAUGAGUUCGCCGUUGACGGGGGAAGGUCUGCGCCCUGUUUCUGCAGCCGGAGUCCGGCUGGCGGGGCCGGUUGACGCGACUUCUCCGCUCCCAGGUCCCCAGAGCGGGAGCAGCAGCAACCCUGACCCUGCGAGGGUCGGAGGGGAGAGUAUGACCCCUGACCCUGCGAGGGUCGGAGGGGAGAGUGUGACCUCUGACCCUGCGAGGGUCGGAGGGGAGAGUGUGACCCCUGACCCUGUGAGGGUCGGAGAGGGCAUUUUGACCCCUGACCCUGUGAUCAUCCCAGGGGAGAGUGUAACCCCUGAUCCCGAGAGGGCCAGAGGGGAGAGUGUGACCCCUGACCCUGUGAUCAUCCCAGGGGAGAGUGUGACCCCUGAUCCUGAGAGGGCCCCAGGGGAGAGUGUGACCCCUGACCCUAUGAGUGCUGGAGGGGAUAUUGUGACCCCUGACCCUGCAGUGGCUGGAGGAGGCAGUGUGACCCCUGACCCCACAGUGACCAGAGGAGGUAGUGUGACCCCUGAUCACCCAGGCUCACAAGGGGCGAGUGUGACCCCUGAACCCAAUCUGUGGACCAGUCAUUCCGAGAACCCGGGUGACGAGUCAUCUAAAAGUCUGACAGCAGCUGUUCCCAUUUGUAUCUGUGACUUGAUUGAAGGACUCUGUGAAAUCGGCUGUUGCUGUGACCCUGACUGUUCCGGUGAUGACAUUGGUGCCUUCUCUUCAUGCCUGCCUGGUAGUGAACCGGUUAUCAACAAGGUGUGCAUUGAACGUUCGGUGAUGUUCACCAGUAACAGCCCAUUUCCUGCAGGUUUCGUUGAAGAUGGUCCAGACACUCUCUUCUGUGUAUUUGUUAAUAAUCCAAAGACAAAUUUCUUUGUGACACCACAGCACAUUGACAGAGAGAGUUUCCCAUUGCUGGUUUCACAGUUUGGCAGAGGUUCUUUUAAUCGCCCUUUGGAGCGGCAAAGCAGCGAAUGGCCUGAAACAUUAUCCAAAGCUUCCUAUCAGGUUGGUGACCAGAUCAAAGUUAUCCUGUUGGAAUCGUUUUCACUGGGCAUUUUGCGGCAGCCGACAGCAUUGACAGGAGGAGAGUGCACUGACAGGAAUCCGGUUGGUUUUCUGCAGGAUCGUAGCACCACUUGUACCCGGAAUGUUAUAAAUCUGACUGAUAGUUGCGAUACGCUGGCGUCACUGAAUGCCGUCAAGUAUUAUGAGAAGAUGUACUUAUUAUUGACUCCGAAUAUUACCUUUGUGGAGAACUGGAUGAAUGAAGUGAAUGGGACGAAGCAACAAUUGUGGAACAAAGAAGCAAAUCAUACAGUUCGUAUUUCAGUUGUCAAUGAAAGUGUGCUCCCACCGUGGUUGUCGAACAACGAAUGCAUGAACGUCGUGUCAGAGGUGACCUAUCACAUCAUGCACGAUGGAAAUAAAGGGAUUGUUGGUGCCAAAGCAGCCUUUCGCUUCAUUAAUGUCUCCUUCUCUGACUCCAAGAUCCAGCAGAGAUUUAAUGUUUUCUUCCUAAGGAUGAAGGAAAGUAUACCAGCAAAGAGACGGAGUGGGAAUCCUGGAUACCUGAAAGGAAAACCCAUCCUGGCCUUCAAUGGUGAAGAAGCUGCAAGCCUGACAAUCCUGAAGAGUAGCAGUGACGGGUCCUGUUCUCCAUCAUUUCGGUCCGACGUACUAUUUCAGUACAACAUGAGAGCCGAUUGUUUGCACAGUUUCGAGUCUGGACGUACGUGUAGUGAUCUCCAGAUGAACAUCAACUCGCUGCUCCUCGGGAAUGAUCCACCCGACUCCCUCGGCAUUCUGGGCAAUGCCAGCGGUAGAAAUCCGGAAAGUCUGACCAAGAUCAUCAGCCCAGUGCCCGAGGCUUUGAAUGUGAACUGUCAGUCCAGUUGCACCCUGGCUACUGCUUUAGAGAUUCAGAUUCUGUGGGCAAACCUGGGCCCUAUCGCCAAUCCCCAGGCAGCAGUGUUAGGUGCCCGUUUCCAUUACCAGAAGCAAGAUGUACAGUGUUCAUCUAGCAGUGUAACUCUGAAAACCUUUGUGACCUUCGUUGAUACAACGCGAUAUCCGCCAGCACCGAGAGACCAACCAACCAUUGAGCAGAAGCUGCCAUUCGAUUUCUUCUAUCCCUUCAAGGUCUACAGUAGCGGAAUGCGCGUGUGUUCAGCAUCGAUACUUGGUACAGUUGGCAGUGUCUUUCUGACAGGAUUUCUGGCUCAGCGCUGAAGUUCCAGCACACAGAUUGACCUCAUGUCAAGCCCAUUUCAAAACCGGUGGGAACAGGAUUUUGAUCUGGUGGUAGUCAGCAGCAAACUGAGUGGAGUGGCUGUCACUGUGUCCUGAUCUGGAAUUCAGGGAGAAACACUCACUGUCUCUGCGUUGGGAUUAGAGGAUUAGCUCUCGCUGGUUCUUGAACUUUGAUUAGGUAUCAGCUUUCAUUGUCUCUCCACUGUGACAAUGUUUCACUGUCCCUGAACUGGCUUUAGGUGAAUAAAGGGCAUGCAUCUGUAUUCAGGAAUUAGCUGGUACUCGUUCCUGAAUUUGGAAAAGUGAUGUAAUUGUCACUGUCCUCCAACUGGGAUCAGGGGAGUAGCUCUCACUGUCCCUCCAUUGGGAUUAGGAUAAAGGUCUUACUGGUUCUUCCACUGGGAUGUGUGGAGUUACUUUCACUGUGCCUCUCCUGGGAUGAGAUCAGUAGAUCUCUCUCUCUCUCUCUCUCUCUCUCUCUCUCACUCACACUCACUCUCUGUCUCACACAUCUCUCUCACUCACACAUCUCUCUCUCUCACUCAGUCUGUCUCACUCUCUCUCUCUCUCUCUGCACUGAGACCAGGGAGUGUGUAACUCUCACUGGUCUCUUGACUGGGAUGAGGGGAGUAACUUUCACUGGUUCCUCCAUUAGAAUGAGGGGAGUAUGUCACAUUCUUCCCACACUAGGAUUAGAGGAUUAUUUUUCAUUGGUUCCUCUAGUGGGAGGAGGGGAAUAACUCUUAAUGUCCUUCCAUGGGGAUGUGGGGAGUGAAUCACAUGGUUUUUCUAAUGGAAUGAGGGGAAUAGCUUUCACUGUCCCCUCCAGUUGGAUUAGCAAGGUAAAAACAAUGACUGCAGAUGCUGGAAACCAGAUUCUGGAUUAGUGGUGCUGGAAGAGCACAGCAGUUCAGAUAGCAUCCG